UAUAUUUCAUUCAUGGCCGUACAGCGGGAGCUGACAGACAAAACUAUAGGAGAUUAGCAGCAGAAGCCUUUGAUCUUUUCUAUUGAAGAGAAAAUCCAUUCAUUCAUUCGUCGGCACAGAUUCACUACACAGUUAUUAUACGGAGAUAAAUAUAUACAUUAUAAUUUUACUACGUUUUGUGGCCGCUAAAUUUUUACAAGAUAGAAAUACGCAAAUGUUUUUACUAUAGAUUUAGACCAGGACAGGUAGAUCUAAUAAAAUAGUAAAACUUGGAUUUACAUGUAGUAAAUUAAACUGACAGCUUACAAUUAAUGGAAUGUAUGGUACAGAAAAUAUUGUUAUAAUGCCUGAAGAUGGUGAAAAUUGUAACUUUCAAAGUUAUAAUAUAUGUAACAGUUUUACAUCAAACUUGGUGUGCAGUUUUAAAGGAGAGACAAAAUGAAGAGGAAGAAAAAUACAGAUCGUGUGAAACAGACAACCAGGAUGGAGUUGUGCGGUCGUUUCUGUGGAAAGUGAAGCGUGAUCCACCCUCGUACUUCUUCGGAACAAUUCAUGUCCCAUACACAAGAGUUUGGGACCACAUUCCAGAAAAUGCCAAGGUUGCUUUCAGACAGUCGGAAAAUGUGUACUUUGAGCUGGACCUGACCAGCCCAUAUACAAUGACAUCUUUAGCUAAUUGUCAGCUAUUACCUCAUGGUGAAAAUCUUUCAAAUGUAUUACCGAAAGAUAUUUAUACGAGAUUAAAAGAGCAUUUAGAAUAUAUACGAGAAAAAAUGCCAAAAUGGAUAACUCCAGAUCAAAAGGGUAAAGGCUUAUAUGGUGAUUAUUUAUUUGAUAUAAUAGCCGGAAACUGGGAAAGGAAGAGACCAAUAUGGGUCAUGUUGCUUGUGAACUCAUUGACAGAAAGUGACAUCAAAUCACGAGAAAUUCCAGUCCUUGAUCUAUAUUUAGCGCAAGAGGCGGAAAGACUUGGGAAAAUUACGGGUGCCGUAGAAAAAGUCAAAGAACAAUGUGUUCCUUUAAAUGAUCUUAAUUAUUCACAGGUUUUGUAUGCCUUGAACCGGACGUUAGGGCAACACGAAUCAUACCGACUCUCAAAUAGUGCAAUACCUUAUACAACGGAUGAUCUGAUUCAUCACUAUAACUGUGGGGACCUGAAUGACAUUAUAUUUAACAAAGACUCUGCGCAGGUCCCGCCAAACAUACUGAACGAUUCUGUACCUCCGAGUGAGAUUAAAAUGGCAGAAGUUAUAAAUGAAUAUUUCCAGACAGAGCUGAUAAAUAAGCGAAAUGAGAGAAUGGCGGAUAGAGUAGCUGGACUUCUCAAUAAUAAUCCGCAAGAAAGUUUCUUCUUUGCCUUUGGUGCUGGACACUUUCUAGGCAACAAUACCGUGAUUGAUAGAUUACGAGGGAUGGGCUUUGAUAUUGAACACACACAUCCUGAUCAAGAAAUUCCAAAGGUAAACUAUGAAAAUGAUUGGUCACUCCAUGACUCGGCAUAUUUGAGUAAAUCGACUUCUUACCCACUAUCUGCAAGUCUGUAUUCCGAUGAUAUACAAUAUUUUGUAUCUAAUAGAUUGAAAUUCUAUAACAGAAAUAGAAACAAGCAUAGAAACAAACUACAUGAAGAGUUUGGAGAUUUGUGGGACCAAAUGGAUGAAGAAUCCAGAUUGUGGUUAGAGAAAACUAGGACAGCUAAAAGGAAGAAAUAUAACAGUGAUAAACCUUUUAAUGACCUCUGGAUUCGUAUGGAGACACCUAGUCCUGGUUUAAUACAGCAAGUGUUUGAGGAAUCAAAAAUGUACCAACAACAAGUUGAACCGACACCAGAACAAACCGGCUACCUCUAUAACGCAGCUUCAAGUCUGACCUAUCUGUCUUACAACUUUCUUAUUGUGGCAAUUUUAUUUACAUACCAUUUGAGAUGAGAUUUAGGAAAACAAGAGACCAUAUUAACAUACCGGAAGAAUUUGGUGUUGGUCUUUUUCCAUAAACAAUUUUCGAGAAUAUAGAUCAUUUCUGCAAUAUUAUCAUCUUUAAGUUGUAACUCAUAUAUAAAAUAUAACUUUUUACAAUUGUGUUUUCAGUAUAAAACAAGCUAAAAAAAUCUACAUCAACAUCUACAACAAAGAUAUUUUAAUGAAUUUAAAAAUUUAUUGUCCAACAGGUUUGAUGUAAAAAUUAUUCUCUUCUGCAAGUCUAUUGAUUGGUUUAAAACUUAAACAUAUCACUUCAGUUGAAAAACAAAAUAACUCAUUUAUUUUAACGUAAAAAUUUGUUUAUUGUUUAUUGCAAUAUUUAAUUAAUUUUACUCCAUGAUUGUUUGCUUUUAAUGUAAAAAUUUAAAGGCCAUUUGUUUUCCAGAAGUAUUAUAUUAAGUCAUAAAAAAAUUUGUUUAAUAUACUAAUUUUUAGUACUUUUCUUUACUUUUCAAUAAUUUUACACACAAGUUACACCACACAAGAUAUAGUGGUGUAAAAAGAACACCACACAAGACAUAGUGGUUUAAAAAGUACACCACACAAGAUAUAGUGGUUUAAAAAGUACACCACACAAGAUAUAGUGGUUUUGAAAGUACAUGUGUACUAAUUUUGGUAAAUCCUUGUACAGUAUUCACCAGCAAGGAUUCUUUUAAUUAAGCCAGUCUCUUAUUUCUGAUCACAAAGGAAAAUGGCAGAGAAAAAAAUGUGUUUUUAUCAUAUCUACCUCAAAGUUUUAUUUUUGUAUAUUUUGUAAAAAUAUGUUCUCAUAAUUUUGUUGAUAUUAUAUCAUAUUAGUAAGGGUUAUAACUUAUUAAUAUAGUAAUGGCAAAAAUCUCCUCAACAUCCUUGUUACUGUUACUGCUGAAUUUUAUCACUUGUACACCAGUACUGUGGUUGUUAGUUAUUCAAUGGCCAGUAACUCCAGUAAAGUUUUUAAAAUCUGUUUGCAUACCAAAGUAACAUAUUUGCAGAUAUGGCUAACACUAUUUUAAUUGCAUAUCUAAAGGUACCAAAUUUGCAUAUUUUAUUGACAGAAUUUGAAAACACAUGCUUAAGUCAAUUUAAAAUAACAUUAAUAUUUCUUUCUAAACUAGGAAAUGGUUUGAUUUGAUAUAAAAAUUUACAUGAAAAUUUUGUUUUGUGUUUGUUAAUUAUAAGAAACUUGUUGUUACAUUGUUAUGAAAGAUGUUACACAGUUAAGUAUGAUAUUUCUCCACUUAAACUUAUUACUAUAAUUGUGUGUAUAAUAGAGGAGUCAGCGUUAUAGAGGUUGGUUAGACAACACAAAUUGCUACCUUAGUGCAGUAACGGGUUAAAUCCUUCUAAAUUUAAUAGGAGUUAACCAGUUAUUGCACAAAAGUGACGAUUAAUCCUAGCUGACUCUAUGUGCUGUCACAUGCCCAUCAUUGUUUUUGCCUUUAGCUUUCUAAUAUUUUGUAAAAGAGUGAAAAAAGACAUUUUUUUACCAAUAAGAUAAAUAUUACAUUAUACUUAUCAGCAUUAUUUUGAUUAUUAUUGUGAAAGCUGUGAUUUGUUUUUAAUCAUGAUUUGCUGUAUUGUUGUGAACACAAUUUAAUACACAUUUGAUGAUAUAUAUUAAGUGUUCAUAUUUUAUAUUGUUCAAUAAUUUGUCUGCAAAUAUCGUUGCAAAUGUGCUGUUUUAUCAUUCAGUAAUCAUUAUAUUUCUUGAUCAUUUUUACUAGGUUUCAGUUAUUUUCUUCUUCUUACAUUUGGUCUAAAUUAACCAGUAGACAUAUAGACCAAAGUAUAAUAUUAUGUUAUUGAAUAACUCUGAUUAAAUAAGUUACACAAAAUUUACAGCACAUUACAUGCAUAUUGAUUUAAUGAUUAACAUUUAGUAAUAGUCUUUAGUUCCCUACAAAAACCUUUCUUGACAUACAUACUGUGGUUCUUUUACAAAGAACUUUAGAUACCGUAUUUCAUUAAAUUAUUGCUAUAUUUGAACAUAAAUCAUGAUUGUUGAUAAAUUACAAUAAAAAUACUGAAUAAUCAAAUUGA